CCUGAUUGGUCAGCGGUACUCGGCAAAUGGCGGAGGCGCUGAGGCGGGUGCUGAAUGAAGGCCGCGCGGCAGGGCCCGGGGAGGAGGGAGCUCCGGGUCCGCCAUUGCUGCUGCUAGGCGCUCCGCGCUCCGCGCAGACUUCGCUGCUGUUUGCGGCCGCCCUCGAGGCGGCAGGGGAAGGCCGCGGGCCUGUCCUCUUCAUGACACGAAGGCCGCUUCAGAGCCUGCCGCUCAAUACACCCGCAGCGCGGAACCCCUGGCGGCUCCAGAAGGUUCGAUUCCAGUACCCAUCCUCAGUUCCAGAGCUUCUCCAGCUUCUGGCCUCUGCCCAUGAGACCCCAGGGCCUGCCCCGUCCCUUCUACUGCUAGAUGGCCUGGAAGAAUAUCUAGCUGAAGACUCAGGGGUCCAGGAAGCCGCCUACUUAGCUGCAUUGCUUCUGGAUACUGCUGCCUACUUUAGCCACCGUCUUGGAGCCAAUGGCAGCUGUGGGCUUGUGGUGGCCCUAGAGACCCAAAAAGAAGAAGACAAUGAUGCCCCACAUCUGACAUUGCUUCAACGGUAUUUUCCUGCACUGUGCUGGCUGCAGCCAGAUGCCCUAGACUUGGGACAGCACCAUUGCCUGCGGGCCAGCCUGGAGUUGGGCAAGCUGAGCCCCAGGACGGAGUGGUCAGUGACCUUCUUACCUAGUGGAGAGAUGAAGAUCAUCCCAUGGCCUACCCAGGCUUCUAAGCCCAGCCCAGAUAAAAAGUGUUCAAGUGCUGAAAGCCAGUCAUUAACUCUGGAAUGUGGCAACCUCUCUGACCCUCAGUUUCCCUUGGAUAGAAUACUUCCUUCAGGGACAGGUUCGGAAUCAAAGACCUGGAAAAUGUAGCAUUGCUGAGCUGGGCUUGCAAGAUGGCUCAGUAGAUAAGGGGCCUUUCCAAUAAGCAUGAUUACCUGGCUUUGAUUCCCAGCAUCCAUAAGGUAGAAAGCUAGAACUGACUCCUGCAAGUUGUCUUCCGGCCUCCACAUUUGGGUAGAAGCACACACAUGCCCUCCACACAAAUAGUAAUAAUAAUAAAUAGAACCUUUAAAAUAAAUAAAUAAAUAUAAUCAUCUGA